CGAAGCAAUAUAAAUUGGAAUAUUUGUUCACAAGCGUUCCUUUGCAUCUCUCUCCCCAUAGAAUCUGAAGGAUGUUAAGAGCAGCAGCAGCAUCUGUUUGUACUAAUCUUUUUCCACCAGUCGCCGGUGGAGCUCUUCUCAGAUUCUCUCUCUUUUCACCUCUCACCAUCUCCACCGCACCAAGAUUCUUUACAUCUUCACUUGUCCCCAAAGCCCAUAAACCCAUUCUCACUAACUGGGCUUCCUCAGUGGCAUCUCGUCGACGUCAAUGGAGAGCAUCAUUCAGUGCUGGAAGCUCUGCUGCUAGUAGAGAGAUACUGGUGCAGCAUUUGCUUGUUAAAGAAGAUGAUCUCAAACUUUUAGUAGAACUUCAGAAAAGAGUUUCUGAAGGAGAGGAUCUUGGUGACUUGGCUGCGGAAUACUCGUUAUGUCCUUCAAAGGAAGAAGGGGGAAUGCUUGGAUGGGUGAGAAAGGGGCAAAUGGUUCCAGAGUUUGAGGAGGCUUCAUUUGGUGCACCUUUGAACAAAGUUGUGAGGUGCAAGACUAAAUUUGGCUGGCAUUUAGUGCAAGUUUUAUCAGAGAGGGAAGAAUCGGUGCUGAAAGACAUUCAACCUGACGAGCUUCACGUGAAAAUGCAAGAUCCGAGUUUCAUUGAAGAGGUUCAGUUGAUUGAUGUACGAGAACCUGAAGAAGUGGAACGAGCUUCAUUACCUGGGUUCCAGGUCUUUCCUCUUCAGCAAUUUGGUAGUUGGGGCCCAGAAAUCACGUCAAAGCUUGAUCCUCAGAAGGACACAUAUGUAUUGUGUCACCAUGGCGUGCGGUCAUUACAAGUCGCAAAGUGGCUGCAGACACAGGGUUUUUCAACCAUCUACAACAUAUCUGGAGGAAUUCAUGCAUAUGCUGUAAAGGCUGAUCCGACUGUUCCAACCUACUGAGUUGUAUUCUCCAAGGCUUUUAAGCCACUUGCUGUAUUAAGACUCUGUCAAGUCUUGUAAAACAUCAGACAUUUGAAUUAACUGAUUUAGGUGAUAUGUACAACAUUGUAAGAUUCAGGGAUUGGUGGUUGGUUUAAGGGUGCUAGGUCCUGAGUUUUGUGCAAUUUUCUUUUACCUAGUUAUAAUACCUAAUUAUAUACUGUAUGUUUUGCAUAUUUUCAGAAGUUAUGUGAAAGAUGUAUUUAAAACCA